GCCUCCAAGAGAAAUUUGCGUAAGAAAAAACUACGCACCAUAAAAAAAGCUAAGAUUGAAAAAUCUGAUAGCUCGAUCGUCGGAGAGGGUAUUUCCAAUUCUAAUGCUAAUCAUAUCGAAGAAAGCACGAACAUAUUUUACGAUCCUUUAAAACACAAGACUCAAAGCGAGUCCUGUCUAUCUAAGAGCAAAUCACGUAAAUAUAUUCUAUCUUACUGGAAAUCCGAAGAUUUCAUAGUGAGCGAUCUUAAGUCAAAGAAUGAUUUGCAAUCCAUUUUUUUAAUAGAUCCAAAGAUCACCUUUUUCAAAAAAUUUGCAGAAAGAAGAUGGCAACGAGAAGUUAUUAAGAUGCUACUGGACCAAGAAUUGCUUCUAUUGGAUGCUAUCACUACCACUCCAAACCACACAAAUUAUUCAUCCCAUUUUAACUACCUUUCAAAUAUCUGCGAAUUUAUUGAUUUACUAGAAUCAGAAAUUUUUGAUCACACCAAACCUACAAAUAAAAAUUCUGAUUUAGCAUGGAAGCAAUUCACUUUAUGGGCAUUUUUUGCAAUCAGUUCUUCUAUUGUAAAGCAGAUUCGUAACCAUUGUCAGUGCCUCUGGUCUAAGAUAAAGCAUGCACAUCAGCAACAUGUAAAAGCAGAAAAAGUUUCGCUAAAGCAAACAACAAUAUCUGAGGCACUUUGUCGAAAUUUAAAAGACAAGCAAAUUAUUGCUAGU